GCUGUGCGUUUCUUUUUUUUCCCUUUUGCUUUCCUUUUUGGGUAAAAUCGUGUACAGUAGUGCAAUAGAGGUUGACCUGCUGGAGAGACAGAAUCCAUCUACCAGGUUACUAUACCCUAAUAGAUGUGAUGUUGCAAAUAUCCACCCGCUAGAAUCCCCUGCUGCUGACAAGGUGCCAGGGGGCAGAGAGAAGAAUCUAUUCUCUUUUCAGUUCCCCCAUUCCUCCCUCCCUUAUCUGAUCUUUUCAUCCCGGAGAGGCACAGGAAUACACAAGGGAAAAUCUAGGACCUGGAGACCCAGCCGAGGAGCACCUAAAUCAGGCAUUGAGCUCAGCAUGGGGGCUUCUCAUGGCAAGAAAAAGGCGUAUAAUAUCGAGCAGCAGAGUGUGAAAAGUAAAAAGCAUGUGAAUGGCGUGGCCUCAGCCUAUGCAGAUAUCCAGUGGGAACAGCCUCAUCAGCCUGAAACCUAUGACGACCCUUUGAGAUGCCCACGCAGAAAUUUCCUGCCUGUGGCCAGCUAUGCCCCUCAUCCUGAAUAUGUGCAAAGGGACGAUGAUCUCAUCAAGCCCAAAAAGCUAAUUAAUCCCGUGAAAGCUUCUAAAAGCCACCAGGAGCUUCAUCGAGAGCUGCUUAUGAACCACAAACAAGGUGUGGAGAAUAAACCAGAGCUCCAGCGUGUAUUGGAGCAAAGGAAGAGAGAUCAGAUGAUCAAACAGAGAAAGCAAGAGGAGGAAGCCCGGAGGAAGAUCUCACCUCUGGAGCAAGAGCUUCUCAAGAGGCACAAACAACUUGAGGAGUUGGAGCAGGAGCAGGAACGUCAGGAGGAGUGCUCUCGCAGCGCUCCCGAGUUUGUCAAGGUCAAGGAAAACCUGCGCAGAACGUCGCUCAUGAGCACUGGAGAGAAAGAGGUGUAGAGGACGAGAUCACCAUAGAUCUUUGUGCUUCUUUCUCACUCUUUCUGUCUUUCUCACUUUCUGUCUUUCACAAAAAUAUAUGUUCCUGCUUGACAAAACUCAUGCCUCCAGAGCUCUAUUGUCAACUUGGAUGACAGACAGAGUUCCAGAGCUAAAAAAAAAGGACAUAAAUUGAGAUUGUCUUGAUGGAACCAGACUAUUUCUGCCAGUCUUUUUUUCUGAGACAGAACGUCGUAUUUGGAGAUGAACGUUCUAACGUUGUGGUUUUUUUUUUUCUGCAGAGGCACCAGAGCGUCUUUUAUUAACUUCUAACUUAAGAUCUUUAUACUGUAUACAAUCAGUAUUAAUGCAUAUCAUUGGAUUCUCAACUGCCAAGUGCACUGCACAGCCCAGAUAUUUGAGGAAUCGAUGUCUGAGAUGCAACAUUUUUCUUUUCCUGAUAGGUAACAAUCAGCACAAGUCACUUUUGUUCAUAAAUUCUCACUUCUGAUGUGACUAUAUCUACAAGGCUGCAUGUUUGCGUGAAAAAUGAAUGCUAAAAUCAGACUGCAUCCUUUUUACUCUGAGGUCAUAAUGAAUCAGUAACCGCAGACCUGCCUACCUGGUAGAGGAGGAAUGUGUAGUCAUGUAGAAGGAGGGGAAUUACCAAAAAAAAUGGUAUACUUUCGUCCUUUUACUCAUCAGAUGAACAGUAAAAUGGUUCCACAAAGCUCUGUUUGUUAAAUAUAUAUUAGAUUUUUUUUUUAUUAUUUCUUCUCAGUGUUGUUUUUGACGAUUUUCCAAAGUCAGUUCGAGGGAAAAAAAAGAGCAUGUGGGAAUAAGGCCAGGGCUUCCAAUGGAGUGUCAGUUAUUAUUAGAAAGGUUAAAACACUUACACGACCAUGAGUCAUAACAGAUUUAUAUAUUGUUUUUUAUAUCAUUUGCUCUUUUUAAAACCUUUUUUGAAACAACUUAUUUGUUACAAUGUGAAACUCCUCCUCAAAUGUGUAAAGUUUGGCAGGUCUCUCUGUGAGGGUCUUGAGCCAGGAUUUUUAUUUUUUUGACACAGGUGUGUUGUGAUGCCUAAAUUUCUCUGCUCUUUUUUCUGUGCCUUUAUGAGAGCUACCGAACAGAUGAGUGCAGGCAGAGCGCCUGAGUGUUGCUACAUUUCAAUCGAUAUAUCACUAUCUGUAUUCUGCAUUUUCACAGUUUUUUGAGAUAUAAGGUAAUGGUGUAUAGCAUAAUGGUGUAUCACAUAGUGUGUGUGUGUGUGUGUGUGUGUGUGUGUGUGUGCGUGUGUGUGUGUGUGUGUGAGAGAGAGUGCAAGAACUGUCCAUUAAAAUCGCAUUAAUAGGAUAAUCAGGAAGCAUAUUCGCACUCUACAUUAAACUGACCAUAACUUUACACUUAUAUACACAGAAAACAUUCAGUAAAAAGGUUUUCUUUCCUUUCUCCUCAUAAUUUAGUGGCACCUAAGAUCAUUAGGAAAAUAAAAUAUAUUUGGGUAUAUUUUUGCUUAUACUUGUUUCCAAGGGCAUUCUGAAUAACAUACAAAAUUACAGUCAAAUAACAAUGUUAAAAAAUAUAUAAUUUUCUUUAUUAUUAUUAUUGUUCUUAAGCUUUUAUUGUAAAAUGUCUAUUCAUCGAAUGGUGAUAUUUUUGUUCUAUACCAUUUCAGUACAUUUAAAUAAUCAAAUCAAUGACACUUUGAUUGUUAUGACAAAUGAGGGCACAUAGACUAACACACAAUCCUGUAAUAUGGAGAAAGUGUUAUUAGUUUCUAUAAAAUAAAUGAAGAGUAAUAUUGUAA